AUGGCGGGGAGCGGGAGCUCACGUCGCGGCGUGCUGCUGUUCUUGCUCGUCGGCGUGGCUGCGGCUGGAGUGGCUUCGGCCAUCCCUGACGGGCUACUACCAAACGGUAACUUCGAGCAAGGUCCGGACAAGUCCCACAUGAACGGGACCAGGGUGAUUGGUCAAAACUCCAUACCCUGCUGGGAGACCUCAGGGUUCGUGGAGUACAUCGAGCCCGGGCAGCGGCAGAACGACAUGCGCGGCGCGCACCUGCGCCCACAGGCCGAGCAGCUGAACGUGCCCGUCGCCCCGGAGUCCGGCGACCUCCCCAUCCAGACCGUGUACACCAGCAGCGGGUGGGACUCCUACUCCUACGCCUUCAAGGCCAGGCACACCACCGCGUGGCUCACCAUCCACAACCCCGGCGCCGAGGAGGACCCGGCGUGCGGCCCCAUCAUCGAUUCCGUUGCCAUCAAGGCCCACCACCCUCCCACUCGCGCCAAGGAUAAUAUGCUGAAGAACGGAGACUUCGAGGAGGGCCCGUACAUGUUCCCGGACUCGCCAUGGGGCGUGCUGGUGCCGCCGAUGGACGAGGACGACGUGUCUCCGCUGCCGGGGUGGAUGGUCAUGUCGGACACCAAGGCCGUCAAGUACCUCGACGCAUGGCGCGAGGUGCGGACCAAGCCCGGGCGGUCGUACAAGCUGUCCUUCUCCGUCGGGGACGCGGCCAACGGGUGCGCGACCACCCUGCUCGUGGACGCGUACGCGGCGCUGGGCAGGCUGCCGGUCUCGUACGAGUCCCACGGCAGGGGCGGGUCCGUGCGCAACGAGCUCGAGUUCUCGGCGGUGGCGAACCUCACCCGCGUGGUCUUCCAGAGCAUGGGCCACUACGUGAAGCCCGACGGGACGCUCUGUGGGCCGGUCGUGAACGACAUCUCCCUCGUCAGCCUGCCCAAACACGCUGCCCGCCGGUUGCUCAUGUAG